AUGACACAAUACGAUAUAUUUCUGGAGGCCCCCAGAAACCACAAUGAACGGGUUGACUAUAAGAGGGAUGCGCUCGGUCUGAUCGUCUCGGUCGGUACAGGACCAUCACCGUUCUUGAUUCUAUCGAUCGCCACUAGCGAGGAAUUUAGUUCUGAUUAUCACCACGGGACCCCAAAUAUCAUGGUGGAGUCAGUCGAUGCGACUCCGGAGACGGAGCAGUCUGUUAUCUUUGACUCUAGCACUCAGCCGGGGGAGCUCACCCCACCUACCCCAAUUCGAAUGGGGAAGCUUGCUUCGAGACAGGAAGAGCCAUCGGAGGAAAUUCCAGUUCUUGAUGAGAUAAACUUCCUGAAAAUGCGAAUUGAAGAACUCGCCGCUGGUGUCCAGGUCGCCGCAGAGCAGACUCCAUUACCGAUGGGAGGCUCUGACAGUAAUGUGGAUCCGCCGCCUCCAGGCUCGUCAGAGUGGGCAAAAUACCAGAAAUCUAUCAACGCAAUUUAUCAGAGGCGAAAAGAGUGGGAGAAUACAGAGGGUCCGGGAUGGUGGGACAUGUACCGAUCGCGAAACAGAUUUGUCCGAAGACAGAGAGAGGAUGGGCCAUGGGAUUGGGCUUACAGAAUUUCUGCAAGUAAUGACUAUUCUCGAAGAUUCCCACCUGAAGUCUACAACGGGAUUGCGGAUAUUCCGUCGGGAGGAGCCCCUCCAGAUGAUUAUGACUGUCUCAUUGAUUAUGGAAAUCGACGUGAGAGACUGCGCAAGAACUUCGAGUGGGAAAUGGAUCGUCUAUACCUCGUGGAGGAGAUUGAGAUACGUCGGAGGGAACGGGAGGAAGAGCAAAAAAACGAGAAAGAAAGAAUAGAGCUACUGAGCAAGGUACGGAAGGAAGAAGAGAGCAAACGUGCAGAAGAGAAUAAAGGUGGAGACGAGACCUGCGCCCAAGUUGAAGAAUCGUGUGAGCCAGUAGAGAAGGAAGAGAUCAAAGAGGUUCUACCUGAGCCAGAUCUUCGACGUCUUGACUGGUAUGCCUUCUCACGGACCGCUGUCGGGGUAUUGGAGUGCUGCAAUAUUCAUGUCCUCAUUGGAGAUCCAGUCGUGCAAGACGAUAUGCUCCCUGCUUAUGGUGCUUGGUAUGGCUAUCCCGGCCGACCAGUGCGGAAGCCCAAAAAGACACAGGAGAGCGCACCGAUAUUGGUCACAGCCCCCGAAGAGGCGCAACUCCCAGAGAGAAUUCGAAUUCAGUCUGCUAUACUGAUGAAAGUUCUAACAAAGAUCCUUGGCAAUGAUGCCGAUCCAUUGAGCUCAUAUGAUACGUCGGGAGUUGUCUUCCUCCGUCCUUUCAAGGCGUUAAUAUAUUCCGAGCGGGCGAUACGGGACUGGUGUGCGGCGCUGGAUAAAAAGUUCUCCAUGCCGUUGCCUAUCACUGCGGAAGAGGCUGUAAACCCCAGCACCGAGGCUCUACCCGCAGGAUCCACUCCCGAAGAAGCAGCUGCGACCAGCCCACUAGCCAGUCCAGAUAAUCAGGAGGAGCUAGAGGUGGAGGUCGAAGAUGGGAAAGAGGAGGAACAAAAUGAUGAUGCGGAUGAUGUCACUAAAUCUCCAGAGGCAUUGAAGCAUCUGCAGUGCUUGGUAAAAUUUAUGGAUACCACCACUUCCCCGAGGCGGGCUCAUUUGGAGAAUCCACAAUCUCGAAAGAUUUUCUUCUCCGACCUAUGGCUUCUCUUCCGCCCAGGAAUGGAGGUUAUUGGGAGUGACGGAAAGCAGGCAUACCGCGUUGUCCAUGUUACCAGCGCCCGACAUGCGGUCUUGCCUACCUGGAAACGAUACCGGUCCUCUGGUGAUAAGCGUCAAAAGGCAGCCUUCAGCAUCACUUGUGUGUACAUCGACUUUGACGGAAAGUCUUUUGGGCCUAUAUCACGAGUUUUUGAAUUUAAACGGUUCGAUGGACAGCGGGAUAUCGCUGCAUUAGAGGUUUACCCUCUUCGUUUUCAUCCGCUAAGACGAACGGAUUUCUCCGAAUCCGAGUGGACGAAAGUUGAGUCUUUAAGUCUAACAAAUCGUACCGCUCGCUAUCGCGAGCAGUUGAUUUCUCGAGGCCGCAAGUUUCUAUCAGUCGCAGGCGUGAGACACAUGUACUAUGCAGGACCAACUGUUGGGGUACGUGACGAGGUAGAGAGCCAGGUGGUGGUUGACUUUGAGACAGCCUUCUCCGUUGAAGAUGCAGAACAACAAGAAUGGAAACCCAAGCUGGAGUUGCUGAUUGGAAACCCAACAAACCAGUCGGAUGGAGACGAUGAUGAGCGAUGUGAAGCCAUCUGCUGCCAGGGUGAUUAUGUACACUAUGAUGGCUAUGUGGACACUAAACAACGGACCGAAUACGUCAACGGCCUGCUUCCGAAAACAGAUACCGGAGAUGAGCAGCCGUCGAUUGCCAUAAUCUCACGGUCUUUGAAAGACCUUCGAGCCGGCGCAGGUAAUACGCUUGCUGUUUCGGAAGAUGAGUUGGUCAUUAUGUCCUACCGGGUCUUCGGCUUUGUGUUGCGAACAAGAAAAUGGGCGAAACUCGACCUGUCGUACUUGACAGAAAUCCCACCUCCCAAAGUCACCCCCGGCGAGUUGGGCUUUGGGAGUGGUCAUCAAUGGGCUGAUACCAAGGUGAAGCCUUCCACAACAUUUGGCCGGCUUGUGUUAGACCAGAAACAUAAGCAUAUGAUCAUCUCUCUUAUCGCGCAACAUUUUAGAGACAAAAAGACGACAACUGACCAUAGGGAGCAGAGGGAUAUUGUUCGCGGCAAAGGAAAGGGAUUGAUCUUGCUUCUUCAUGGAGCCCCAGGCGUUGGGAAAACAUCAACUGCUGAGGGAGUCGCGGAACUCUUUCAAAAGCCGCUUUUCCAAAUCACUUGCGGAGAUCUAGGAACAACUGCCAGUGAGGUAGAGAAGGCCUUGGAGACCACCUUUGCCUUGGCCAAUCGAUGGGAUUGCAUUCUCUUGCUUGACGAGGCUGAUGUCUUCCUUGCUCAACGAACCAAAGAGGACUUCCAGCGCAACGGUCUUGUUGCUGUGUUUUUGCGUGUAAUGGAAUACUAUGCUGGUAUUUUGUUUCUGACUACCAACCGAGUUGGUGACUUCGAUGAAGCCUUUACAUCUCGCAUUCAUGUCAGCCUGUACUAUAAAGAGUUGAGCUCCGAGCAAACAGUGGAGAUCUUCAAGUUGAACAUGUCCAUGAUUGAAGAGCGAUUCAGCACCAAGGGACGACGAAUUGAAAUCGAUCAAAUGCGGAUUGGAAGUUUUGCAGAAAAGCACUACGCUCAGCACGAGAAUGCGCGCUGGAACGGUCGCCAGAUUCGCAACGCCUGCCAGACUGCACUAGCGCUAGCGGAAUUCGAGGCACAGGGAAACAGCCACCAGGCCAUUUUGCGACCGGAUGCAGUCGUGACACUUUCCAUGAGCCACUUCGAAACAGUACGCGAUGCUUACCUUGAAUUCACAGAAUACAUCAAUAGCCUCUGGGGAGCCAAUGCGUCACAGCGUGCUCAAGAGGACAAGGUCCGAGCGAUCUGGCUUGAUGAAAAUGACAACAUUGUGGGCACCCAAGGGUUGGAUAAGAAGGCUCUUUUCCUGCAUGCGAUGCGUAAACAAGGGGGCGCAGGCCAUUCUCCGCCGGUGGCUCCUCCAUCGGUUGGAGUAAAAUGGCCUGUCGCUUCGGAGCAGUACUAUGAUUACCCUCAUGGACACACAAAUACCGCUGGAUCAGGCCAACUGGACCUGAACUUGACUGGCAGGCAAAGCCAGUGGAACAAUGCCCCGGGACAGAUGGGGCGUGGGAGAGCAGGAACGGGAGCUGGGCCGGAACUUCCUCACCAUCCGCAGCCACAACGCCCUAUGGGUAACGCAGGGGCUCAUCCUGCGAGAACUGGGCAGCAGCACAUUUACAGCGAGUAUUAUGGUGACUAUGCCGAUCCGGGGCCGAACGAAGAAGGGCCACAAGGAUCCGGCAUGCCACGGACUCAUACGCCAGGCCCAAGAGGCGAUUAUGGGCCCGCGCCCGGACCAUACUAG